AUGUCGGGCAACGCAGCGGCACCACAAGAGAGAGGUCGACCUCGCAGUCGAAUCAGCUUCUCUUCCCCGCCACCGCCACAGGCGCACCUCGCUGCUGCAUCGCUAGAUGCUCAAGGUACCCAUACAGCCUCUGCGCCACCUUCUCCAGCUUCGAGCGUGAGCAGCAGCACCACAAUUACCUUGGGUAAACCUUUACCGUUUGUGGAGGAGAGAGCGCAGACAGAUUCUACUGGGGCGUUGCAUGCGACUGCAGGACAUAGUUCAGAUCGAGUAGGAUCUUCAAAAUCUUCGUCUACAACUCCAUCCAGCUCAUCCACGCUCACCAGUCGAUCGCUAGCAGCCCUGAGUGGCGCCAUGUCUCUCGGCCUUGGAAGCUCGGUCUCUAGCACUGCGGGCAAAGGUCCCAAAGAAGAUGGCCUGACGACAAGCAGCCAGUCGCUGGCAGCCUCGCAAAAGGGCAAGGCACCAGAGGGGCGCCCAAACAAUCCUCGGCAAAGAUCCAAAGGGCAGAUGGAGAGAAGACGGGUUGCCGUUGGAGUCAGCGGCUCGUCGAACGCGAUCGCUACGACACUCCAAGCUUCUCCUGCGAUUGGCUCAGCUUUUGCUGCGUCCCCACUGCAAAGCGUUGGGUCCAGACAGCGUGCACCUGCAACAAUCCAUGGCCAAACUCCAGCUGGGCCCUCUCACACAGCUCAGAGGCUGGGACUGGAGAGCGGACAACGCGGCCCGAGGUUGUCCGUGAGAUUACCCACGUCCGCAAGCCCUUCUGUACCUCCAACAUCAUCUUCAAGCUCGACGCGCGACACGCCGAGAAGGAGCGCAGAGGACGAGGAGCUGAAGCGACAGAUCCGACUUGCUCUGAGUUCUGCAGGUAAUGACGUGCCCAGUCUUGGUGCAGAGUCUCGUAGCGCGUGGUCUUCUAGCGCGAAUCAAGACUCGACAACAGGCACAAGCGCCCUGACAGCUUCUAGCCCUCCCACCUUCAUCGGUGGUCUCUACUUCACAGACUGCAUCUUCAUCGCUCUAGUGUAUGGUCUCAACUUGCUCAGAACUUGUUCCAUUGCCGAGCUCGGAGACGUUGUCUGCCUCGGCAUCGUGUAUCUUUGUGAGUGUCUUGAGCCAGAAACUUCAGCUGAGACCCCCCGCUCAAUGGCCUCGCAUGGCCCUUGUCUAGUCUUUAAGCUGCCAACAAACUUGGCGCGCAGGCGAACCUUGGACCCCGACGCUGGCGAUGCGAUACGUCCCGGUGACCGACCGGCGAAAUUGUCGGCUUUUCACCAUACCAUGCUGCUGCUUGUCCGAUUCAUGUGCGGCUGCUUCCCUCACCUCUUUCCUAGGAUCUUGUUUGCCGAGCAGACUAUUGGACCUUUCGUGUACUGGAGGACCGGAGGAGGCAGCGCGGAUCUGGUCAGAGCGUUUGAUGCUGGGCUGCAAUCGUCACCAAGCAAGGCGUCGAGGAAUGGGAAAGAAAAGGUGCAGCGAGAGGGAGAAAAUUUCAGCAGUCAUAGCCGGAGAAGGCUAGCAGCACCUGGAUUCAAAGCUUUUGAAUUCUCCACUCGGCCUCAAGCGAGCAGUCCACAAAAGCUGAACGCGGGCGCAUCGCCAACCACACUUUUCUAUCUUCACGGCGGCGGCUUCUCCCUAGGCAGCGUAGCAUUUUAUGCAGAGGCGCUGAUACGUCUCAGAAACAAGCUUUCCGCGUUGGAGACAGCUAAUUCGACGGCCGAUCAUGAAGCGAGGGUAGUUGCUGUGGAGUACUCUCUUUCUCCCACGUCGCUCUUUCCCGUUCAACUCCUUCAAUGCCUCAGGUGCUACGCUCACCUCAUCGAAAAGGAGGGUCAGGACGCGAGUCGGAUUUGCAUCGCUGGAGAUUCUGCGGGAGGCAAUUUGGCCAUGAGUCUCUUGCUCGUCUUGAGCGGAGCAGUCAAAGAAGAGAGGCUGAAUGAGAGAGACUGGACGCAGCUACCUCUGCCGGGCAAGGCGCUCUUGAUCAGCCCGUGGACCGACCUUCGUCCCCACGCGAGUCUGGCGCUCUCCGCUGAGGUCCAACGUCGACGCCAAGUGAAGGGCUUCCAUUGGGACUACGUCACUCCGCACGCCCUGCAACACUUUGCCCAAGUAUACACAGGCGCGCUGGACAGACCUAGGAGGGUUGCUGGUCCACUUGGCUACGUUGCGCGACUGUCCACUUUCGGUCAGCGGAUUGGACAGCCGACAUCUGCACGGCGAACUUCUAGCUCUGGCAGCUCGCCCGACUCCAAGCACGGCAACGGUGGUGGGCGCACAAGGAGGAAAAGACCCAAAAAUGGUCCAGCCGCCCAGCGCAGCCUCGUCAGCACACUUGCAACGCCCGUCGUCACACUCUCUCGCUUGUUGCACACGAUGUUGAGUGAGCCUUUGUUCGUGUUGAUAGGCGCAGCGAACGGACAGGCACCUCAGUCUACCGAGCCGACCAUUGGCAUCCAUGACGAUCCAGAGGGCAGCGGACUUGACCCUCUCUUUCCAGCCGACGAGAGGUCUUGCGACAUUGUCACGAGUCCGGAGGACCUUUCGCGACGUAUGGACGACUCCAAGAGCGCCUUUAUACAUCCGGAAGCGCGCGAUCUGCUCGAAAAUCAUCCGCUCAUCUCUCCUGCUAAGGCCGACUGGACGCGCGUACCGCCUCUGGAGGGAGGCAUGUACGUCACGUGGGGCAAACACGAGACGCUGGCUUAUGAUAUCGAGGAGUGGGUAUCGAGGGUCCGGGAUGGGCAUGCGAGCAGUCACGCGGAUCAAGCUAGCAUUGUUCCGCAGGCGCCUGACCAGGACAAAGACGAGCUGAGCCCAGUCUUCAAGCAGACUGGACUAGCAGACACUGCGGAUUCGGUGUCCGGAACCGCGAUGGACAUUGCUCGAUUGCAAGCUGAGCGCGCAGUGCAAAGUCACAUUGAGCGCGGAGCGGGCGGCGUGCAUGCCUGGCCGUUUGUAAACAUGUGAGUAACUUGGCUCUGAACGAGGCCCGUGGAGAGCCGAUUGUCUGCGGACCAAUGCUGUUCGAAGGACACUCAUCCUAAUGUCCUCGUCCUUCUGCAUAGGUACCUUGCUUCAUCUCAUGCGGAACGCGAGCGGGGACUCGACCUGCUUGCGCAGUUCAUAGCAAACCCGUCGCCAAAGACGCCAGUGGCUCCCGAAGGACAAGGUUUGGCUUUGCAUCUAGGAAGUCCAGCACCCAGUCAUGAAUCAGUGCGGCUAGCUUCAUCAGAGAAGCCCAGCUUGGCCCAAUCUCUUGCGUCGAUGAAUGUUCCAGCUGAUACUGAUGCUGACGUGGAUUUGCAAGCUGCGACGGAUGUCGACCCCAUCACUGGCAUACCGUUAUACUCGCCUGGCUCAAUGCCCAGCGACACCGGCGAGGGUCUGUUGUACUCUUCGGAGGACAAUUCCAACUCCCAGUCGGACGGAGGUCUAGACGAAGACUCUAUGGAAGGCGACGACGGGAGUGGACAUGGAGAGCCUCACGAGGAUGAGGAAGUGGAACCAUAUUACACUUCUCCCGAGACGCAGACUGGACCUGGAAGAUCUCGCGAAGCGCGAGGUGGCUCCGGAGACGUCUAUCUCAUGCCUGUCCACUUGUCUCGUCCUUCCGACAGCGGCUUAAGAAGCAGUGCAGUGGCCUCUGCUGCUCCUGUCAAUGCUUGGAUGGCGAGCUCCAGCUCAACAGGCGCCGCUGCCCUUCCCGAAGACCUGAAUCCGAGCUACUUUGGUUUGUCCCACUACUCCCAACCGAGGAUGCACUCAACCACCUUGGGCCUGCACGAUCCCAAUAGGGACCCGAGAAUGGCGCGCAUCACACACCAUCCUGUGGAGCCAGAAGGUCUGUCAGAUAUCGCUGAGGAGGAUUCGGUAUUGUCGGGAAGCGUGAUGAGCGAUGGGUUCCAAGGUGGGCCUCUGGCGUCGAGUGCGCAACACACUCUCUAUGCCCCUGCAUCGGGCACCACCCAUCCUGCUGCGCGUCAAGAUCUCAGACUGAAUACGCGCGCUGCUACACAUGGCAGGACACAGUCCCCGCCCUCGGAAGGAGAGCAAAGUGGAGUGGAGGUCGACUCGGCAGAGGAAGUCUUCUCGCCGAUCGAUAGUCCGGCCGGACCUUUUAGCGAUGAGGAGAGCGAAGCGGUUGGACAUGCUCGUGGGGCCAGCUCUUCCGCCUCGACGUCGGCAUGGAAGAGCAGCGCGGACCUUGCCCAGCCGUCGCUUUUGUCCGAGCAGCAAGAGAAUGCGGAGUCAGAGGAUGCGGUGGAGUUGCAAAGUGAGCACGACGCUUCUACAAUUCGCUCUACGCCAAAGAAGAGUUCAAAGGCGGAUGUUUGGUGGUAA